AUGCACUCUCCCAAGAAAAAAAAAAACUCUCUAGCAAUGUACAUCGAACUGAGAAUGUGCAGCUUGCCCCCAGGGCUCUGUUCUAUCAGCAGAUGGAUUGGAGGCAAUAGAAGAAGGGGAGGAUCAGAGAAGACAGAAUCAAACAUUUGUUUUACACAAUGCAAAGGAUUAACCCCUUAGGUUCCACAGUGAGUGUAACAAGCAUGCUUUACUGUGCAGGGGCGGACUGACAACUCAUGGGGUCCCCAGGCAAUAGGGGAUCAUGGGGCCCUGUGUCCUUGCCCAAACUCAAAAAAGCCUAU